AUGACAAAGCCGAGCGACGCUGGAGGUUUAUCCGUCAACCUAGACGACAUCGAUUUUGACGAGCUCGACGACUAUCUCGAGCUAUUUCAGCAGGAUGAAGUCAUCAAGGAGGCAUUGUCCCAGGGUGUGGACCUGCGUGGAUAUGCACAGCAGAUCGAUCAAGAUCUCCGCGCAGCUGAGGCGGCGUCGGUGACACAAUACGUCAUGAAAUCUGCUGAUAUUGUAGAGCUGCAUGACGAGGUGCAGGAUUGUGACAAUCUAUUAGCCAAGAUGCAAGAAAUGUUACUGGGAUUUCAAGCUGAUCUCGGCGGAAUUAGUGACGAGAUACGCCAUCUGCAGGAUGAGUCCAUUGGAAUGAAUGUGAAGCUUAAGAAUCGCCGUGAGACGGAGGAGAAGCUGCAAGCAUAUCUGGAUCAAGUAACAGUAGCUCCAUCUUUAAUCAAGACAAUUGAUGAAGGAGAGGUGAACGAGGCUUAUCUCCAUGCUCUCGUUACACUAAAUGGGAAGCUCCGAUAUGCAGCGUUGAAUCAUCCAGACCCGUCAGGCUCAAGUUUUAAUCUUCUUCCUUCCCAAACGGCAGCCUUCAUUGAUGUAGAGGCUCACUUGAAAAAUUUAAAAGCCAGAGCUAUUGCAAGGAUUCGAGAGUUCUUGUUGAGUAAGAUGAACUUGAUCAAGAAGCCGAAAACCAAUGUACAGAUGAUGCAGCAGAAUACACUACUGCCCAUGAAAUACCUAGUGGUCUUUUUGGCCGACAAUGCACCAGAUAUAGAGGAAGAAUUUAAAGAGGUGUAUGCAGAGGCGAUGAGUAAGACGCUGGUGAGUGUAUUCAAGUCGUAUCAUGCAGGUUUAAUGAAAUUUUAUGAGGAGAUAGCGACACGUACGGAUGUCAUUGUGGUGGAUGAGCAAUCGUUAAAAGGCAUGUUUAGCAAUCGCGUGAAUUUAAGCAAACGGAAUGAUACAUUUUCAGUCACGGAGCGUGAAAAGAUAUUGAAAAUUGCGUCGGCACCGCCACUGAUUUUGCAUGUUGCUCAACAGGAGGGGCUCAAACUGCCGUACGAGUCAGUUUUUCGCAAUAUCCAGCAGCAUCUGAUGGACUCGGUUACUUCUGAGUAUCUUUUCUUAAUUGAGUUCUUUAAGUUAACCAAUCAACAGGAGAAUGUGCCGCGCAGUCGUGACUAUUUCAUGCGUGUAUUCGCUAAGACGCUGUCACUGUGCCUGGAAAAUUUGGAAAACUAUUUAUUCACGUGUUACGAUGCCAUUGGUUUGCUGCUCAUGAUACGCCUGACGUACGCUCAACGGACAGUGAUGGAGAAGCGCCGAAUUCCAUGCUUAGAUGCUUACUUUGAUAGAGUGAAUUUGUUGUUGUGGCCGCGAUUUCAGGCUGUAUUUGAUCUUAACUUUGUCAGCGUAAAAAGUGCAAAAACGAAGAAGCUGAGCCCGAUCGACCUGCACCCUCACUUUGUCAUCAGACGCUAUGCUGAAUUUUCUUCGUCCAUCCUCAGCUUGUGUCUACACACACAGCAAAACCAGGAUACUAGGGAUACCUUUUUGACCUCUAACGCCCAAAUGCUCGAAAACGGCACAAGAGAUGUGGUUCUUAAAAGCCUGGCUGGAUUGCGCAACGAAAUUUUGAACCUGCUGAGUCGUUUAUCCGAGCAACACGCCUCCGCAAAGGACAAAUGCGUAUUUCUAAUAAAUAAUUACGAUCUUGUUCUCACACGAUUCGAGGAGCGGCAUGUUGUCUCGGAAGAGACGUCAAAGUUUGAGGAAUUACUUGUUGGCCAGCGUGAAAAGUUUGUGGAGGAGGAGCUAAUGACAUUUUACGCAACGCUGAUUCAGUUUGUUCGACAGCACGAACAGCUUAUGCUCGGCAAAGGCUCAGCAUCAACAACAGGAAAUUCUCUCCAAGUCGACACGGCGCAGAUCGAAAAAAUCGUGCGUACAUUUGCAGCGACGUGGAAGACAGGCAUCGAAAAUAUGAACAGCAAUGUAAUGACAUACUUCUCAAACUUUCGCAAUGGUAUGGAGAUACUGAAACAAGUGCUGACACAAUUAUUGCUGUACUACACGCGUUUUGUGGAAAUUAUUAAGCGUAACUACCAACGAACUCCAUCAUUCAACUCAGAAAUCGUUACAACACAGGAAAUUCUUUACGAAAUUAAAAAGUAUAGUCGAUCGUUUUAG